UUGGGAAAUGUGGGGAAAUUUCCCUUGCAUUUUCUCUGGGGUAUUUAAGACCAUCUACUCUUCUGUGUGUUGUAGUUAUCUGGAUAUUUCUAAGGCCAGACAAUGAAGAACUACAGGUCUCCAUAUGUCAUCCCUGAUUUUUCUCUUUCCUGUUUCUUAUGGCAAGUGGUGCCCAGACUCCUGUGCAUUUUCAGUGCUAAUAUGAUCAACAUUUCUGCCUUCCGAAUCCAUCGUGUGGAAAGUGCAGAUAAUUGCCAAGAUCACACCAUAUACUCCUGGCCUACUUUUGUCCUGGAAGGAGAACCCGCAGUCCUAAAAUGUCUACAGUACUUUGAUCUGUCCCUUAACCUGACUUGGAAUAAAAAAGGUUCAUCAACUAUUAUCCCUGCAGGAUUCAAGGGGCCAAGAAUAAUGUCACAAGAUAAUAUUGUCUGGCUUUUACCAACCAUUCUUCAGGACAGUGGGGAAUACAUCUGCACUCAAAGGAAUUCCUCCUACUGUGCUAAAGUGUCAAUACAUUUAAAAGUUGUCAAGAGAAAUGAAACCAAUAAUAUUUCCUAUCCCCAGAAGGCAUUUCUGCUUAGUUCCGGAAAGAUAGUUUGUCCUAAUCUAGAAAACUUUAGGCAAAACAAUACCAAUUACGAACUCAAGUGGUACAAGGACUCUAUACGUCUGAACAUGGAUAAUAAGAAGUUUGCAGCUCUGAAUGGAACUAAUUAUCUCUUGAUCAAUCCUAUUUCGAUGAGUGAUUCAGGAUAUUAUACUUGUGAAAUGACCUUUGAGUUUGAAAAGGAACAAUAUAAUAUUACCAGAACUAUUCAGCUACAAAUACUUGAAGAAAAGAAAAAUAAUAUCCCCAUUAUUGUCAAUCCAGAUGAAAGGAUUACAUCAGCAACUCUCGGUUCUCAACUCACCAUCCCAUGUAGAGUUUUUAUUGGAGCAAAUAAUCAUUCUGAUGUUGAUGUCUGGUGGCUGGCUAACAACAGUUAUAUACAAAACAUGUAUCCAGACGAAAGAGUUAAGGAAGGAGAAACUGGGCAAUUUGUAGAAAACAACAACAGCUCUAUUGAGGUGCAAUUGAUCUUUGAUUCCAUCACAGAAGCCGAUUUCCAUACUGAAUUCAGAUGUGUGGCACAAAACGGCGGUGGGAAUCGUGUACAAACAGUGACAGUCACGGAAAAAAAGAAAGACCGCGAGUUGUCUUGGUACUUGGCAGUUACUCCUGUGGCUCUUGCUGUUGUCAUCCUAGGAGGAGUGUAUUUGAGUAAAUACUGGAAACAAAGAUCUACCAAGGGUUAUGUUGUGGCCAACUCCUAAUGAAUAUAGUUUUAUUUCUUAUAUGCAUUUUUAUUUUAGCAUCCUAAAUGAUUUUCUUAUCUGUCCUAACAUAGCUAGAAUCUUUUCGGUUGUAAACAGAAAUGAAGUUGCUGUUUUGAUGCUUGUUAAAGGAAAUCUAAAGCAAGUUUCUGUAAUAGCAAAAAUAUAAUAAUUGUAU